AUGACAGCAUUGAUCGAUAACACUGAGAUUUUGGUCCAGCCACAUCCAAACCUGAACGUUAGUCGCUGCGUCAUUUCCUGUUUCGAGUUGAUUGACAUGGAGGAAAAAGAUGUACUGCUGGAACUUAUCAGGCAGGGGAUUGGUCUUUUGAGUGUUGCUACCCGGCCUUACUACCCAAACCCGCUGCUAUGUUAUGGUUGUUUCCGUUAUGGUCAUCCACGUGUCCGUUGUCCUGGUCCACAACGUUGUCUGCAUUGUUCCGCCGAGCGCCAUGUUGAAGAGAAUGAGGAAUGUGGAGAAGCUGCCCACUGCAUUAACUGUGGAGGACCGCAUCGUCCGAACAAUCGCCAGUGCCCCGUUUACAAAAAGGAGACGGAUGUUAUCCGUAUCAAGGUCGAUCGCAAUCUCACGUACCCGGAAGCACGCAAGCAGGUUGAAGCAGGAGUGAGAAGCUACGCAGCAGCAGCAGCCCAGCCAAGUGUCGAUCGUCAAAAGCUCGAACAACUCGAGAAAGAGAUGAAGAAGAAAGACGCCCAGAUUGCCAAUCUGUUGGAAGCAAUGAAGCGAAAGGACGAGAAGAUCGACAAGCUGAUAUCCCAUAUCAAGAACAUGUGCCAUGCAGAAAGCCAACCAGCUCAACAACCACAACAGCAGCAGCAACAACAGCAGCAACAACAGCAACAACAACAGCAACAACAACAGCAGCAGCAAGUCAGAGAGUCGCGAGCAGCAGGACCAUCCAUGCAUCUAAGGACCCGCUCACCUGCAGUUGUAGAACCGAAACAAAGUCAACCUGGGAAGAAGAAAAAACGCAACAAGUCGAACAAUACAUCACCCGGUCGCCAAAGUCCUCCUUUGAAGAAAGUAAUCGCCGAACAAAACCCACCGCACGAUUCCGAAGCUGUAAGUAUCGACGAGGAGUCUGAAAUCGACGAAACGCCCCCUAGCCAGCAAAAUCGACGACAUCAACUCCUCUAA